UCACAUCUCUCCCAACCAUCUCCAGGCUUAGACCAAACCAGACUCUUUUUGAGUUACUUUUGUGGCCUCUCCGUUUCUGCCUUCCAAAUGUCAAUAAUGGCUUUCUAGACUUGCUAUUUUAAAGACGCCUCAAGACUGGAGCCAGUUUGUCCGAUCCUGCAAACUCCUCGAUGUGAUUGAGAAGCAGAAAACGGCUGCUGAACGGUUUACAUACGCAGAGGAUACGUCAAGCUCAUAACAAUGAAGCGUAAUAAGCAUCGCUCCUCCAAGGAUGAUGGCAAAGGUCAAGAUGAACCAGCCAUUCUGGAGACGGAGGACAUGAGGAUGCCGGACCCUGACACCAUCUCACUGGCAUCCGUGACUGCUGUCACCACCAAUGUCUCCAACAAGAGAUCAAAGCCUGACAUCAAGAUUGAGCCUAGUGCUGGAAGACCAAUGGAUUUCCAAGUCAGUGUUACUGUGAUAGAGGCUCGACAGCUGGUGGGCUUGAACAUGGAUCCAGUGGUGUGUGUAGAAAUUGGUGAUGAUAAAAAAUACACUUCAAUGAAGGAGUCGACCAACUGCCCUUACUACAAUGAGUACUUCGUUUUUGACUUCCACGUUCCUCCUGAUGUGAUGUUCGACAAAAUCUUGAAAGUGUCGGUGAUCCAUUCGAAGAAUCUUCUGCGAAGCGGCACGCUGGUCGGGAGUUUUAAGCUUGAUGUUGGCACUAUAUACACACAACCUGACCAUCAGUUCUUCCACAAAUGGGCGACAUUAUGUGAUCCCGAAGACAUCACUGCCGGAUUGAAGGGCUAUGUCAAGUGUGACAUUGCUGUCGUGGCGAAGGGCGACACAAUUAAAACUCCACACAAAGCCAAUGAAAAUGAUGAGGACGACAUUGAGAGUAAUCUGCUGCUGCCGGAGGACGUUCCAGCGGAGCGCCAGUGGGCCAGAUUCUACCUGAAAAUAUACAGAGCCGAGGGCUUGCCCAAAAUGAACACCAGCAUCAUGGCAAAUGUCAAAAAAGCUUUCAUUGGAGAAAAUAAGGACUUGGUUGAUCCGUACGUUCAAGUGCUGUUUGCAGGACAGAAGGGGAAAACUUCGAUUCAGAAGAGCAGCUACGAGCCCAUCUGGAACGAGCAGAUCGUAUUCACCGAGCAGUUUCCACCGCUGUGUCGGAGGAUGAAGCUCCAGAUCCGGGAUUCAGACAAAGUGAAUGAUGUGGCCAUCGGUACACACUUCAUUGACCUGCGGAAGAUCGCCAAUGAUGGAGACAAAGGCUUUCUCCCGACUCUUGGCCCGGCGUGGGUCAACAUGUACGGCUCCACGCGCAGCUACACGCUCAUGGAUGAGUAUCAGGACCUGAACGAAGGCCUCGGGGAGGGCGUCUCCUUCAGGGCACGUCUGCUGAUCAGCCUGGCCGUGGAGAUCCUGGACACCUCGUCUCCUGAAGUCAUGAGCUCCACUGAGGUGCAGGUGGAGGGGAUACCCAACAUCUCUGAUAAUGCCACAGGAAAAGUGGAGGAAUUCUUUCUCUUUGGAAGUUUCCUCGAGGCCACCAUGAUUGACAGGAAGAUCGGAGACAAACCCAUCAACUUUGAGGUCACAAUAGGAAACUAUGGGAGUGAGCUCGAUACUCCAACCAAGCCCAAAUCGAAGAAGAAGAAGGGAGAUGGCGAUGACGAGGAGUCUGAGCUGAUUCACGGCUCUAGCGACGAGGAGGUGGAUGAUGGUGGAGACGUGACGUCGGUUUCCACAACUCCUCCAAUGAAGCCAGUCAUCACCGACAGGAAUUAUUUCCACCUGCCGUACUUUGAGAGGAAGCCCUGCAUCUACAUCUACAGCUGGUGGCAGGACCAACGACGACGACUUUAUAAUGCUAACGUCUUGGACAAAAUGGCAGAUAAACUGGAAGAAGGGUUGAAUGAUGUGCAGGAGAUCAUAAAGACAGAGAAGGCCUAUCCAGAGCGCAGACUCCGAGGAGUUCUGGAGGAGCUCAGCAACAGCUGCAGUACCUUUGUAUCUUUGGCAAACAAUGACCAGAAUCAGGCUGGCAGGACUAAACUGGACAAGGAGAGAGUCAAAUUGUGCAUGCAGGAAGUGGAAAGCAUGGGCCAGCAAGCGAAAACCAUGAGGUCACAAGUGAAGAAAAGCAACGUGAAAGACAGAAUAAAGCUGGCUCAAAACUUCCUCCACAAGCUGAGAUUCUUGUCUGAUGAGCCUCAACACAGCGUUCCAGACAUUUACAUCUGGAUGAUAAGCAACAACAAGCGCAUUGCAUACGCCCGCGUUCCCUCUAAAGACAUCCUCUACUCUUCUGUGGAGGAGGAGUGUGGAAAGGACUGCGGAAAGGUCCAGACCAUCUUCUUCAAGCUGCCUGGCAAGAAGAGUUUUGGACCUGCGGGCUGGACGGUUCAGGCAAAGACUGAGCUGUACCUGUGGCUGGGCCUGAACAGGCAGCGUAAGGACUAUCUAUGCGGUCUGCCUAACGGGUUCGAGGAGAACAAGGCAGUGAAGGGGCCGGGCGUUCAGUCCUCUCCCCCCAUCAGCCUGAUGUACACCAUGAAACAGAUCUUCCAGCUGAGGGUCCACAUGUACCAGGCUCGCAGUCUGUUUGCGGCAGACAGCACAGGCCUCUCGGAUCCUUUCGCCAGGAUAUUUUUUUCGACUCACAGUCAAGUCACAGAGGUACUGAACGAGACGCUGUGUCCCACAUGGGAUCAGCUGCUGGUGUUUGAUCAUGUGGAGCUCUACGGUGAAGCUGGAGAACUGAGAGACGAUCCUCCGAUAAUCGUCAUCGAGAUCUACGACCAGGACACAGUGGGGAAAGCUGAUUUCAUGGGAAGGACGUUCGCUAAACCGAUCACCAAGAUGUCAGAUGAGCACUACGGGCCUCCGCGUUUCCCUCCUCAGCUGGAGUACUAUCAGAUCUACAGGGGAAACUGCACGGCUGGAGAAAUGCUGGCCGCCUUUGAGCUGCUGCAGAUUGGACCAGGUGGAAAGGCUGACCUGCCGCCAAUAGACGGACCUACAGAUAUCGACCGUGGCCCAAUCCUGCCGGUGCCUAUCGGCAUUAGACCUGUCCUGAGUAAAUACAGGAUUGAGGUUCUCUUUUGGGGUCUGAGGGACCUGAAGCGGGUGAAUCUGGCUCAAGUGGACCGUCCCCGUGUUGACAUUGAGUGCGCUGGGAAAGGCGUUCAGUCGUCGCUGAUCCAGAACUACAAGAAAAACCCCAACUUCAGCACUCUGGUCAAGUGGUUUGAAGUGGAUCUGCCUGAGAAUGAGCUCCUCCAUCCUCCGCUGAACAUCCGCGUGGUGGACUGCCGAGCGUUUGGCCGCUACACGCUGGUCGGCUCUCAUGCCGUCACAACUCUGCGCAAGUUCAUCUACAGGCCUGCAGACAAGAGUGUCAAUAACUGGUCUGCUAUGGAAGAGGUUGUGAUCCACACAGAGCCUGAACCAGCAGUGAAGAAGAUCGAGACAGUCGUCAAACUGGACUCAGCAUCUGAUGCUGUGGUCAAAGUUGAUAUGCCGGAUGAUGAGAAGGGUGGGAAAGGUAAGAAGAAGCGUAAGAAGGGUGAAGAGGUGGAGGAAGAGGAACUGGAUGAGAGCAUGCUGGACUGGUGGUCCAAAUACUUCGCCUCCAUUGAGACUCUGAAAGAGGCCAUGAAGGCACAAGAAGCAGAAGCUGAAGAAAAAGAGGAUUUUGAAUCUGGAGAUGGGAAGAAGAAGAGAGGAAAGAAGAGUAAAACCAUACCUGGAGAAGCCGUGCCGGAGAAGAAGAAGCAGAAGAUUGAAGAGUUCAAGGUGUACAACCGAGAGCUGGAGUAUGAAUAUAACCAGUUUGAGGACUGGCUUCACACCUUCAACCUUCACAGGGGGAAGUGCUCAGACGAUGCGGACGUGGAUCAGAAUGCAGCUGAUGAAGACAGACUCAUUGGCAAGUUCAAGGGCUCCUUGUGUAUCUACAAAGUCUCCUCAGAUGAUAUGUCCAGAGACAUGGGCUUUGACUCCAACAUGGGAAUGUUCCAGAACAUCCCACACAACGAUCCAAUAAACGUGCUUGUCCGAAUCUACGUGGUCCGGGCGACAGAUCUGCACCCUGCAGACAUCAAUGGAAAGGCUGAUCCAUACAUCGCCAUCAAGCUUGGAAAGUCCGAAAUCAAGGACAAGGAGAAUUACAUCUCAAAACAGCUCAACCCUGUGUUUGGAAAGUCGUUUGAUGUUGAAGCAACUCUCCCAAUGGACUCCACCCUCACUGUGUCCAUCUAUGACUGGGAUUUGGUGGGAACUGAUGACCUGAUCGGCGAGACUAAGAUUGACUUGGAGAACCGUUUCUACAGCAAACACAGAGCCACAUGUGGCAUCAGCUCCACCUACGCCAUUCAUGGCUAUAAUGUGUGGCGGGACCCAUUGAAGCCAUCGCACAUUCUUGCCAAACUCUGCAAAGAUGGAAAGAUAGAUGCGCCGCAGUAUGGCCCAGGUGGAAGAGUGAAAGUGACAAACAGAGUUUACACAGGGCCAACUGAAGUCGAGGAUGAAAAUGGACUAAAGAAACAGACGGAUGAGCAUUUAGCUCUUGCUGUACUGAACCACUGGGAAGAUAUUCCUCGGAUUGGCUGUAAACUGGUUCCAGAACACAUGGAGACGAGACCUCUCCUGAAUCCAGAUAAACCUGGGAUUGAACAGGGGAGGAUUGAGAUGUGGGUAGACAUGUUCCCCAAGGACAUGUCUGCGCCUGGACCUGCUCUAGAUAUCUCACCGAGGAAGCCAAAGAAAUUUGAGCUCAGAGUGAUCGUGUGGAACACAGACGAAGUCGUUCUUGAGGACGAUGACAUUUUCACUGGAGAAAAAUCAAGUGACAUCUUUGUUAGAGGAUGGCUGAAAGGCCAACAAGAGGAUAAGCAGGACACAGAUGUUCACUAUCACUCACUGACUGGAGAGGGAAAUUUCAACUGGCGCUUCAUUUAUCCUUUCGACUACCUGCAGGCCGAAGAGAAAAUUGUCAUCUCAAAGAAAGAGUCCAUGUUUUCCUGGGAUGAGACUGAGUACAAAAUUCCUGCCCGACUGAACUUGCAAGUGUGGGAUGCAGAUCAUUUCUCUGCUGACGACUUCUUGGGUGCGAUCGAAUUGGACCUGAAUCGAUUUCCACGAGGCGCAAAGACGGCAAAGCAGUGCUCCAUUGAAAUGGUCACGAAUGAGAAUGAAAUGCCCAUGGUCAACAUCUUCAAGCAGAAGAGAAUCAAAGGCUGGUGGCCGUUUGUGGCCAGAGAUGAAAAUGAUGAGCUAGAAAUUACAGGCAAAGUGGAAGCAGAGCUUCAGUUGUUGACAGGUGAGGAGGCUGAGAAAAGUCCCGUCGGUGAAGGACGCAAUGAGCCAGAGCCUCUGGAGAAACCCAACCGCCCGGACAUUGCUAUGCUGUGGUUCUUGAUGCCGCUAAAGGCAAUCCGGAAUCUCGUCUGCAACCAAUACAAGUGGCUGGUCAUCAAAUUAGUGUUGGCGCUGAUGCUUCUCGCCAUUCUGGGCCUGUUCCUCUACAGUAUGCCUGGUUACAUGGUGAAAAAGCUUCUGGGAGCUUGAGAAGCUUCUCUCUGCAACGUUUAAUAGUACUGCGACAUUUCAUUUGGAAUGGUCUAUUGGUGUGUUGGAGAAGUCAUACGCAAACCUACUUUUCUCCUUUGCUUACAAUUAUUACUGGUUUGAUCAUAAACACCGCUAAAGGGCAAAACUGAAAUAGAUUUAGAGGAGAUUAGAGGAUCGUACACUAUAGAUUUCUUUGUGUACUAAAAACUCCUAAAAACAUGUAGUUGUCUGUAUAUCCAGUGCUGAUGUAAAAUGUUUUUAUAUACAUAUAUAAAUUAGUCCAUUUCUGGGAUUUUCCGAUGGUUGGAAGUUUUGUUUCUAGGCUAAAAUGUGUGUAAUUGUGUGCUUUUGGCUACUGCUAAUAAAUCCAUGUAAAAAUAAAAAAACUAUGCUUUUUAUUUGUUAGGACCCAGAGAAAAUCCUGCAAUUAUUCUUUCUAUAAUUGAUAGUUUUCAGUCAUGUGACCUGUGCAGAAACCAGGCAGGCAAAAAAAAAAAUGGACCGUAAUUGCGGCUACACUGGGAUCUACAUAGAAACACAGCACAAACCGGUCAUAUUUCCAUCUGUUUCAAGCUACAAAUAUUUGGAUCACAUAUUGACAGAACGAACAAGAGAUAUGACUACAAACUGUAAAUUGUAGGCACUUGCGAUUGUAUGAACUAAAUCUAUGAAGCUGUUUUUCAGUCAUUUACAAACGUCUCUCUCAGAGCUCCAAUUCGUCGAUGUUUACAUUUAUCUUGCGGAUAUUCCUUAGCGAUUCGGUCAUUGGCGACCGCGAAAAUCUAUUCUUUCACUUCUGCUGUUUAUACUUUGACUUUUCAUUUGGAUAUUUAUUUUGAUUGUACUAGAAUAGAAACUAUAUAAAAAGACUUGUUGGUCAGCAGGAAAUGUUUUACCCACCAGAGGAGCGUUUCCCUAAUCAUGUGAUGCCACAUAAAAACUAUCAAUCAUGUACACCCAAGCUCUGCAAACCAGUCCAGCUGUGGAUCUUUGGAUGCAUUUGUUGCACCAAUCAUCAUAUUUCUCUCAAAUGAUUUAGCAAAACUCAAUUUUGAAGCAUUCAUUGAACAACAAGUUCUCCUUCGGGAGGGGAACUUCAAUGCUAUGCGGAAACUUCCACUAUGGGGGAUUUCAUCAGAAUCCAAUCAUCUGAAAGAGUAUACAAUCUGGCCAAUGAAAUGUCAAUGAGUUAGUAGCGUCAGCAUGCACAGCUGGCGCUACUUACAAAUAGUCUUGUAUAUAAGCGCUGCAUGUGCCAAGCUGAGCAUCCGUUUUGCUUCAGAUCCUUUCAUGAAGCUUUUGAGAGAGUCAUAUGAGGGUUUCUCCAACUGUUAUGACAGAGAGAGAGAACGAGAAAGCGGGCUGCUUUUCCUGGUCCAGAGUAUGCGAUAAGCGGCGGCAGACGGUCGACCUUGGUUUCUCCCUUGUCUGGCAAUCUUUGGGUCCGGUCAGUAUUCGGUUUGUAGUUCAUGCCAUCACUGCUGUUGCAUGUCUGUUGCGCAGUUAAGAUCGAGACUGGCUCUUGCAAAAGGGCCACCCACUCCAGCUGUCCCCCUCUUUGUGGUUGGCACUCGGGCAGAUCUGAGGGUUACAGAGGGAGUAAAUCCGCCACCCUCAGGCUUGCGGACCUCUUAUUUCUCCACGUGCUCCAUCCAAGCUUCGAGUGGUGAAGCGAUGCGUCCUCGGAUGGUCGCCCUCUCACAUGAUGACACCGAGGCAUAGACGUCCAUCGCUGCAUCGGAUGACAGGCUGUCAUUGUCUGAUGAGGAUUCGAACCCGCUCCCUCCUAUCGGGGUAGCGAGCACGGCGUUGAAUCUAUAAGCAGACAUGAUAACCAUACUUUCCCGGGCUGCUUCGGCCGUGGGCCUGGAGAUGGUUUAUCCCCCACCCACCCCCCGUGGCCAGACCAACUAGAUGGGUGUUGUGUGGAGGAUGUUAAGAAGGCAAGACCUUUAAGCCUCCCAUCCCCUUCUUCCCAGAAGUCCAAAGUAGGCUCACGCAGUCUUGGAGGACACCUUUCUCUGCCCUAUUUGCGUGUACCUCACCACUCUUGAUAGCGGAGCAGCCAGGGGUAUGAGUCGAUUCCCCAGAUGGAGAGUGCCAUUGCGGGCCCGCGUGGUGCCAAUUACUGGUGGGGUCUGCCUCUGCUCCCGUCCAAGGCAUGUAGGUUAUCUGCCUCCCUCGGAGCCAGAGCCCACACAGCCGCAGGCCAGGCUGCUUCCCCUCUGUGCGCUAUGGCCACCUACCAGCGCCAACAAGCACAGGCGCUGGCACAGCUGCACGAGGAUGGUUCCGACCCAGGCCUGUUACACGAGCCCCGCACGGCAACUGACUGUCCUCUACGGAUGCAAGUCUGCUGUUUGUGCCCUUGGAAGGACAAUGGCCUCAUUAGUGAUUCAGGAGCGCCACCUAUGGUUAAACCUGGCAGAUAUGCACGAAGUUGACAAAGUUUGCUUUCUUAACUGUCUCAUAUCCCCGCUGUCAGUUGAGUUCCCCACUUGGUAAAACUUGCAGAGUUUCUCAUCUGUCUCAGCUGAGUAGUCAGGUAAUGGCCCGUUACAUUGUUGGCAUGCCCACUGGUCACCCCGCGUUCUAGGUAUAGAUGCCUGCUAUGUGAGAUCCCCACUGUUGAUCCCAUAUGCUCACUCAGCCACAAUGUAGUCCCCCCUCUUAGGCGGGCUCAUGUUUUCCUUCCCCGCUAACCAUCUUUUUAUAUGAGCACUCCCCCUUCUCAGGGCUAGUCCAUAUGUUUUCUCGCCACCUGGUCUCCUCACUUGGGCAGCAGGUGGCCUCCGCAGCAUCCUACCUAUCGAGAUUGCACGCUUUCCAAGUGUGCAUUCCACCGUAGUGGAAGUUUCCACAUAGCAUUGAAGUUCCCCUUCCGAAUGGGGAAUGCUACGGUUACUGAAGUAACCCUCGAUCCCUGGGGGAGGGAACAGAAAUGCUAUGUUCAUCGCCACAAUGAUUGCCCCUUAGCUGUUAGCCGUGAAAGGCUCUUCUUCUAGAAAAGGAUGCCUCCGUUUAAUAAUGAAAACUUACAUACAAGAUUAAUUGUAAGUAGCGCCAGCUGUGCAUGCUGAUGCUGUUAACUUAUUGGCAUUUCAUUGGCCUGAUUGUAUACUCUUUCAGAUGCUUGAAUUCUGACGAAAUCCCCCAUAGUGGAAGUUUCCACAUAGCAUUUCCAUUCCCCCCCUCGGGGAACGAGGGUAACUUCAAUAACCGGUUUUGCUUUGACCUGCCAAGCUUGCAUGUCUUCAGUGAGACAAACAUUUGCGAUUUGUUCAGAAAGAUUAAAAGCUUGUUCAUUGGUUUUGUCCCACCAGCCGCCCCGACACUGCUAUGCUGUGGUUCUUGAUGCCGCUAAAGGCAAUCCGGCACCUCGUCUGCAACCA